UCUCGACCGGGUUCUGCGGGCGCUUGGAGGGCUUGGAUGAGCGCUUGAAGAGUGAUUGACCAGCGCUUGAAGGACAGGUGGGCGCUCGCCAGCGAGGUAGAUGGGCUUCUUCGUGAGGAGCACCCAAUCACCUUCAAUAUAUAGACACUACACACCUCCCAAUAGCGUCGGGCCUCCCAAUAGCGCCGCGCCUCGCAAUCGAGCGAUCGCCUUCAACCGCCUUCAACCUCCACCUGCAUACGAUGGAGCGAUAGCAAGCUUGUCAAUCACUUCCUACACGCCUUUCAAUCGCCUUCUAUACGCCUGCCAAUCAUUUCCACUGCUUGCUGACGCUGCCAGCAUACAACCGCGUGGAUAUCUCGACCUUGACGUCGGCGAGGUCAUUUGCGCCGGUCUUCUACUCUUCGAUGUUGAUGCUUGGGUUGAGCGGGUUUAUGUCCUGGUGUGGCAGGACCAACGGCAAGUAUGUACGCCGACGCAGAUGACCUGCGUCGAAGGCACCGGCGACUGCAUCGACGCUUGACAGUAACGUUACCUGCUCCUCGAGGUGACGCGAAUCUCUCAAGCUUCAGGCGCCUGAAGAGCGCAUUCGGGCUCACCGGUGAGCGGCUUUACGGUCAUUGGUGUGUGCCUUCAUGAGACUGCCAACGAGUAUCUUCUUGACCAUCGGCGCGGGUAGUACAUUCGUGAUCAUCGCGAAAAGGCGUAUCUGACGUCCACGAUUACUGAGCCUCGCUCUUCUUCGCCUGCGCGCGA